AUGCGCAACAGUGUGACAUUUGCACCGGACUGUCGGACUGUUCGGCUCUCUGUGAACUGGCAGGGAUUGCCACGGGACCUUCGGCCGGGGCCGGGGCCUUACAGCGCCCCCUGCGCGGGGAGCUCCGCUGCCCGAGGCAACGGUCGGUCUCGCGCCUUUUCCUCAGAAGCCUGCGAGAGGAGAAGGAGGCGGCAGCGGCGGCACCCCGCAGACUCUUCGAGAUACAACUGCAGACCAAAACCGGGUUCUGCCGGCACCCCGCCACGGAUCGGUGUUUACCUUCCGGGGCGGCGGGGCGGAGUUCCGGGGCGGAGAGUGCUCGCUGGCCGGCUCGGCUUUGGGCUGUGCGGGAGGAGGGAUCGGGUCCGGCGGACGAAGGGUGUGAGCCCCGAGGCCACCAUGAGUGGUUCACAGAGCAAUGACACUAAAAGGCAGUUUCUUCUAGAACGGCUACUGGAUGCCGUUAAACAGUGUCAGAUACGAUUUGGAGGAAGAAAAGAAAUUGCUUCAGACUCUGAUAGCAGAGUCACUUGUUUGUGUGCUCAGUUUGAAGCUGUGUUACAGCACGGUCUGAGGAGGAGUCGGGGGCUGGCAUUAACAGCAGCAGCGAUCAAACAGGCAGCGGGUUUCUCCAGUAAAACUGAGACUGAGCCUGUGUUUUGGUAUUACGUGAAAGAAGUCCUGAAUAAACAUGAACUGCAGCGCUUUUACUCUCUGAAGACAAUUACUACAGAUAUUGGUAGAGGCCGGGCUUGGUUGCGCUGUGCAUUAAAUGAGCAUUCCCUGGAAAGAUAUGUUCAUAUGCUGCUUGCAGAUAAGACUCGACUCAGUGUCUUCUAUGAAGACUGGUCUUUUAUGAUGGAUGAAGAACGCUCUAGUAUGAUCCCUACAAUGGCAGCUGGUCUGAACUCCAUUCUUUUUGCCAUCAACAUUGAUAAUAAAGAUUUAAAUGGGCAGAGCAAGUGCACACCCACCGUGUCUGAUUUAUUAAAGGAAUCAACGCAAAAUGUAACCUCAUUGUUGAAAGAAUCCACUCAGGGUGUUAGCAGCCUUCUUAGAGAGAUAACUGCGUCAUCUCCUGUCUCGAUCCUGAUAAAACCUGAUCAAGACACUGACCCCCUUCCUGUUCUUUCAAAGAAUGUAAAUGCUGAUUUGAAAUACAAAAAAGAUCGAAAAAAGAAGAAGAGAGUGACAAAUAUUAUCUCGUUUGAUGAAGAUGAUGAUGAGCAAAAUUUGGGGGAUGCCACAAAGGCCCUGAUUACAGGAGAAAGUUCAGAAGAGAGUGUAGACAGAUCUUCAGUUUUUGUGUUGCCUUCAUCUGAAAGCACUCUUGGAAAAAAUUUGAAUGGGAGUGAGAGUAACCAUUCGUGGAAGAGCAAUUCAGUGUUCAUGAAUGGUGAAUAUGAGUACCAGAAACUAGAUGUGAAGAGCAUUGAUGAUGAAGAUGCAGAUGAGGAUGAGCUGUAUGGGAAAACAUUAGGAAAUAAAGGCACAGAAGGUGAAAGUGAAGCUUCUGAAAAGCCUCAUGCAAUAAGCACAUGCAAUUCUCAGAUAUGCAGUUGGUCUCCUCUGCAAGUCCUGAAUGAUGACUCGGAUGUGCUAUUUCCUGUCAGUGCCAUAGGCUCUUACUCCCAAACAGGUAACUUGGAGAAUGGAGAGGUGAAUGAACAUGUUCAUGUGGUAGAACUGGUUCCAAGAAGAUCUGAUCUUCCUUACAGAGUGGAAGUCAGUACUCCAGCUCAAGUGAAUACUUUAAGCAGUAUGUUGCCUUCAGCCACUGUGCCAGAAUCCAUGACAAUUAAUGAACUUCGUCAAGCUAUUGUGGCCAUGAUGAAUAGAAAGGAUGAACUGGAAGAACAGAAUAGAUCUCUGCGAAAUCUGCUUGAUGGAGAGAUGGAGCACUCUGCAGCCCUAAGACAGGAAGUGGACAACUGGAGAAGGAAAAUAGCAGAACAGGAAGAGCGACAUGCAGUGAAAGUCCAAGCCUUGGCACGAGAAAAUGAGGUGCUAAAAGUGCAACUUAAGAAGUACGUAGGAGCAGUCCAGAUGCUCAGAAGAGAAGGUCAAGCAGUGGAAGUUCUGCCAAAUAUUUGGAGCACUGAUGGUGAAUUUACUAUCCCAGAGCAAAAGCAAGCGGAAAACACUGAGGAACUGGCCAGCUCUUAUGAGAGAAAAUUGAUAGAGGUAGCUGAAAUGCAUGGGGAACUGAUUGAAUUCAAUGAGAGGCUGCACCGUGCUCUGAUGGCUAAAGAAGCUCUUGUGUCCCAGAUGAGGCAAGAGCUAAUUGAUCUGAGAGGGCCGGUCCCUGGAGAUUUGAGUCAAACAUCUGAAGAUCAGAGUUUGUCAGAUUUCGAAAUAUCAAACCGUGCUCUUAUUAAUGUCUGGAUUCCCUCAGUCUUUCUGCGUGGAAAAGCUGCUAAUGCAUUUCAUGUUUAUCAGGUUUAUGUUAGGAUAAAGGAUGAUGAAUGGAAUGUUUAUCGAAGAUAUGCGGAGUUCAGAAGCUUGCAUCAUAAAUUGCAGAAUAAAUACCAACAAGUGAGGACUUUUAACUUUCCACCAAAAAAGGCCAUUGGAAACAAGGAUGCAAAGUUUGUAGAAGAGCGACGCAAGCAGCUACAAAAUUACCUAAGGAAUGUAAUGAACAAAAUUAUUCAGACCGUGCCAGAAUUCACAGCCAAUCCCAAAAAAGAGACUCUUAUUCAGCUGAUGCCCUUUUUUGUUGAUAUUCCACCUUCUGGAGAAGCAGUGAGCAAAAGCAACCGCUCAAGAGUGGCUACACGCUUCCCCAGACUAUCUCGCGGCCAUCAAAGGGAGCCACGAAACCUGGAACCUCAGAGUGGUGAUCUUUGACCCUCUUUCAGAGUUGUGAAUACUGGCACCACAUACUUUAAGUUGUUCUGUGAUUCCUUCCUAGCCUAUAUUUAUAAUUUAAGCUCCUGAAGAGACUACAGCUGCAUCAACUUAAAUCCUGAAAGGAGACAUUUAUUACUAAGGGUCGUAUCCUGAUUAACUACUUUGGAAGGCAGUAAUCACUUUCUCAAAAGAAUACGAGGGCUCUUCACCAGAGCUCAGCAAACUGAGAGGCAUUUUCUUUGUUUUGUAAAGCUGCAUUGCACAUAGUCUCCUUUGUUAUUCUGAAGUUUUUCUGUUACUAUGAAUUCUGUGUUUGUACUCUGUUUCUUUCUACAUGUACAUUUUUGUGUUUCAGAGAGGUGUGGGUAUCAUGUCAAGACAAUUUUUUUUGUUUCCUUGGAAGAAUAGUUAAGCUUAUCACUACUUAAUAUGUCAGAAGGAUGUGCUUAAAAGAACCUCACUAAUUUAUUACCUUUUGUAAAUAGAAGGACUGGGGUCUUUUUAAUUGUAAAUCUCUGACACUCAUAAAGGUUUUUAAAAAUCUCAACAAAGUAGAUGACAAGGGAAAAACAUUACAGGUAGGAAAAAAUCUUUUGUACAUUUCUAGUUAGGUAUUCUUAACAGCUUUCAUCUGUGGGAAGUGAUUAUUAAAAAUCAGAGAAUGUAAUAACUUUUUAGUGACAUUUCAGUCUUGUGCUAAGGCUGCGUGCAAUAGUAUUGAUUUCUACAAACCACCAGAAGCAUACACAAAAUUAGCACGGUGCAAAGUAGUGUUUUCAAGUCUUGGGUCACGUUUUGUUAUUAAUUUGUUGCUGAUAUUGCAGAACAGUCCAUCAUUAAAAGGGCAGUGUGGAAUUCCUCCUCUGAUUUUGUAAAACUCUUCACACGGUGAUUCUUAAAAAUUGCCUGUAAUGAAAGUGCCUGUUACCCAUCACCUCUUAUUGAAAAGUAGUUUGCAAUUGUACUACUACUGUAAGAGCAACUAAAAGAAAUGACAAGAAUUAUUACAAGUGGUGGAAGUCCUGACAUGGAUUAACUGGAAUCCAGUUCAAUACCCAUUAGCUGCACUGCCGUAGGCAGUUAAUUAUAUGUUAGCUAUCUUCUUCUCUUCAUUAAGUUUAAGCAGCAUACAUUCACAUUUUCUAUCAAUUGUAUUCUGGUUUUCCUUUGUGUAAGAACAUCUUUCUUCUCAGAAGUUUUUUUUUUUUUGGAUAAUGUUACUUAAAUGGAUGUAUCUUGUAAUUUUAUUAUCCAUUCAUUAUAUUAAAUUCUCAUGUCAGUUGAAAUCUAAUAUUACCCUGCAGAACGAAACAAGCCGAUGGUUAAGAACAGAUUAUUUUACAUUGGUGCUUUACUGAAGUUCUAGGAAACUGGAACUUCUGUUCUGCAAAUCUGUGACCAUCAUGUGUUGUUUAGUCAGGUAAGUGGUCCAUUCAUUUCCAGUGACUUUUCUGGAGUGAGCAGGGGUUACCCACAGAGACUGGCAUCAGUGGGCUUGUUUCUGUAUAAGCCUCAAAUGCCAGAUUCGUACCAUUGAAAUAUGUAGCUUAAAGAUUGCACUGACUAGCAAAAUGGAAUUCAGUCUUGCUGUUGGUGUGAA